AGAAUGUUUUUCGUAAUUGACGAAUCUGCUGUUGUUCGUUCACAUCUGGAGUCACAAUUUAUCACAGACAAUAAACCAUAAACACCGACUCAAAAGUAAAUUCACCCAGCCUAUAUUCAUGUGCACAUGUUCUAUCAAGUUGAGAAAAUGUUCUUAGUGUUAACGAUUGAGGAAGAGGCACCACUUUCACUUCAAGCCUCCCCUACCGACGGAAGUCUUUAUUUACCGUGUAAUCCGAGAUGAUACGGAAUAAUCUGUUCUCCGAAAACACAAACGGUGGCGUUAGGUAGAAAGUUAUAGGAAUUGAAAGUUACCACUUUUUAGGUAUGGGAAAUCACGUGAAACAUUAUGAUGUGACUCCAGCUGUUCAUCUGACUCAAACUGAAACCUGCUGCGGAUUUCUUCAGAGAUGUGGUUUUAUUUAGAGAAACAGUUUGUAGGGCCUAUCUAUCUUGUCUUCCUUUUUCCGGCUGCAGUCGGCAUCCCGGAUGCUGGCGACGGUUUGUCAGGUGUUGAUAAAGUGUCAGUGAUGGAGGGAGAUUCUGUUACUCUAAACACCGGUGUUGAAACAACUCAACAAGAAGAGAUAAAAUGGUAUUUCAGUGCCACACUCGUCGCUCAAAUCAGUGGAGAUCUCAGUUAUAACUGUACAGAUGUUCAGUGUAAUAAAGAUACUGAGUCAUUCAGAGACAGACUGAAGCUGGAUUAUCCGACUGGAUCUCUGACCAUCACAAAUAUCAACACAACACACUCUGGAGUUUAUGAACUGAAGAUCAUCAGCAGCAGAAUCGGUGGAAAUAUUUUCAAUGUUACUGUUUAUGGUGUUUCUGCUGCUGAACGAGAUGAAGUGAAGAAAAAGUCUGUGAAGGAGGGAGAGUCUUUUACUUUUGAUCCUGGUGUAAUAAGAAAACCAAGUGAUGUGAUGAUGUGGUAUUUUAAUGAUAUUCUCAUCGCUGAAAUCACUGGAGAUCAGAGUCAGAUCUGUACAGAUGAUCAGUGUAAAGAGAGAUUCAGAUACAGACUGAAGCUGGAUCAUCAGACUGGAUCUCUGACCAUCACACACACCACAAACACACACUCUGGAGAAUAUACACUACAGAUGAUCAUCAACAACAGCAGCUUCAGCAUCAGCAGAGUGAAGAGAUUCAAUCUUACUGUCAUUGGUUCAGGUCUGUCUUCAGGAGCUGUAGCAGGAAUAGUUGUUGCUGUUGUUUUGCUGGUUUCUGCGUGUGUAACUGCUGGUGUGUUUUACUAUCGUCACCACUGUAGGCGUAGAUACACACCACCCUCACAGACCGAGAGUGAUGAUGACAUGUGAUAACUCACCAUGUGAUCUGAAUGACACUUCAGUCUGAGGAGAAGGACGAGUCCUUAAAGGGAUACUCCACUUUUUUUUGGGGAAAUAGGCUCAUUUUACAACUCCCCCAGAGUUAAAAAGAAUAUUUUUUUAAGAAUAUCAGUAACCGGACAGUUUCCGGUCUCAUUGAAUUCCAUAGUAUAUUUUUUUCCUACUAUGGAAGUCAAUGAGACCAGAAACUGUCUAUUCUUCUAAAUAUCAGAAAAUC